GAUGAUACUGGAGAAGAGUUCAUACAAAAAAUGGCACUGAGGAGAUCAUCAUUGCACAAGAGUUGAUGUGACUUUUGGCCCCUGUUGAAUCGGUAUUGCAGUGAUUUUUCAGUUUACCGACAAUGAAGGCGAUGCUGUAGCUUCAGUUGGACAAGCAUAUUUAACUGGUAUUCACAUCGUAGUACUUGACGAUCAAUCAGCUUUGAGUGGUAGUAAAAAUUGACACCAUCCCCGUGCCAAGAGCGACGUGCCCCGUUCUGUCCUCGGAUACUACCGCUGGAGCAAUGGCGACACCAUGUAAUCCAAACCAACUCAUCUGGACGCACGCAGCCAUUUCAAUCAGGCCCUGUCUCGAGCACGCCGACAGAGUAUCUUACCCAGCAAAUCCCCUCGUACACUCAUGACUCAUCUGAAAAUGACGUUGAGUCGGAAGCUCUUACGCCAGAGGUCGAUCAGCAGCCACACAAACGCCGCCAUGCAUGCACACGUGCACACCUACGCGGCGCCUACAUAAACUCAUCAGCAUCACUAGUUCAGUACAUACCUGCAAAUAUUUAAGGCAAGCGGGAGCAGCUUCACUGCUUCAGCAAUGGCGAUCGCCAAGCUGGUGCUCGUGGCCACGCUCGUGAUCAUGCUGCAGGCGUCGACGCGCGCGGUGGCCCGGCACCACCACCACGCCAAGCCGGACCCGUGCGACGACGCCGAGGAUGACGGCCCCGACCCGGGCAUGCGGCACAAGCACAGGAAACCCCACUGCCCGUCGACGCCGGGCGGCCACGGCCACGGCCAUGGCGGCGGCGGCACCCCGGGCAUUAUGACGGUGAACGGCUUCGAGGAGGGCCAGGAGGGCGGCGGGCCGGCGGCGUGCGACGGCAAGUACCACAGCGACAAGGACAUGAUCGCGGCGCUGUCGACGCGGUGGUACGACGGCGGGCGGCGGUGCCACAAGACGAUCCGCAUCACCAGCAAGCGCAACGGGCGCACCGUGGAGGCCCGGGUGGUGGACGAGUGCGACUCCGGCCACGGCUGCAAGGACGACGUCGUCGACACCUCCGCCGCCGUGUGGCAGGCGCUCGGGCUCGACACCGACGUCGGCAUCGUGCCCGUCACGUGGUCCGACGCCUGAAAACAGGGGUUCACCUUCACCGGCCGUUGGUACCUACUACUUGAUCGAGUACGUAGCAGAACAAAUUUACCUGUAUGGAUGGUCAGUCAGUGCGGCGUCAUCAGUGUCGCCGGUUCAUUAUAUUGCUGUUGUUUGUGGGAUACAGUAUAAUCAUAUUGUUGUGCCCAUGUACGUUGUAAUUUUACGAGGUAAUAAAAACCACAUGCAUCAAAGUGGUUCA